GCGCACAUUUUAUGUAAAUGUAAUUUACAUAAAAUGAAACGCAGUUUACGUGAUCACUGACAGCUGCCUUGAAGAACACACAUGUACAAUUAUUUCUGCUACUAAGAUCAGUGAAAUAGAGGCUGAACUGACAACGGAGUGAAGAGCAAAAAAAGCAAGUCGCAGCAAUGAAGAAUUGAGUGCGUAGAAUUCUGGCAGGGGGGGGGGGCUUUUCUGCACAACACCGGAAGUGAAGGCGGAGCCUCGGCUCUUUUGUCUUGUGAUUUUGGGCAGAGAGCCACAUGUUGAAAUAUAACGUCUCAGACCUCUACAAUAUCAGUAGGCUAGACAUAAAUAUUCCCAUCUGGUUAACUGCGCCUGAACUCUGUAAUCGACAAUAACGGAAGAAUCUACAAUGAAUACGGAAACGCCUAUCCCACCCCCCUCCUCCCUCCCCCUCCGACCCUCCUCCCCCUUCACCCUCCCGGGGGCCCCAGGUCGUGCCUCUCCCAGUAGCGCCUUACUGCAGGGUAUGAAGAGGUUGUCUGUGUUGUUGGUGGACUACAGGAAAACAACGGGGCUGAGGGACAGCCGUAACCGUCGCUCUCUCAGUAGAAGAGUCAUAUCUGGGGAGGCUAACGAACAUGAUGCUGACGAGGCAGAGAACAGUUUCUCCAGAUCAGAACACCUCAAACACCAGCAGAGAGUGGCAGGGAAGAAACCUCACCGCUGCUCUGACUGUGGAAAGAGUUUCACCUCGUCGGCAAAACUUAAAACACACCAGAGAAUUCAUACUGGAGAGAAACCUUAUAGCUCUUCAGACUGCAGGAUAAGUAUUUUGCAACUAGGAAACUUAACAAAACACCAGCUGACCCACAUAGGAGAGAAACCUUUUAGCUGUGAUCAAUGUGGGAGGAGAUUCACGAAGUCAGGAGCCCUGACAAUUCACCAACGAAUACACACAGGAGCAAAACCGUUUCACUGCCCAGACUGUGGGAAGAGUUUUGUUCAAUUAGGCAACAUGAAAAUUCAUCAGCGGACACACACACAAGAGAAGCCUUACCACUGCUCUGUCUGUGAGAAGAGCUUUUCAACAUCACAGGGUAAUAAGGCGCACCAGAGAACGCACACCGGAGAGAAGCCUUACCACUGCUCUGACUGUGGGAAGAGUUUUCUUCAAUUAGGCAACCUGAAAAUUCACCUGCGGAUACACACACAAGAGAAGCCUUACCACUGCUCUGUCUGUGAGAAGAGCUUUUCAACAUCACAUGGUAAUAAAGUGCACCAGAGAACGCACACCGGAGAGAAGCCUUACCACUGCUCUGACUGUGGGAAGAGUUUUGCUCAUUCAAGAAAUCUGAUAAAGCACCAGCGCAUACACACAGGAGAGAAACCUUACAGCUGUGAUCAAUGUGGGAAGAGAUUUACUAGCUCAAAUGACCUGAUGCAACACCAUAGAAUACACACUGGAGAGAAACCUUACCACUGUUUGGACUGCGGGAAGAGUUUUACUCAGGCAAGCAACCUGAAAACACACCAGCGCAGACACCUGGGCCAGAAGCUUCACCACUGUUCAGAUUGUGGAAGUAACUUUUCAACAUCAAGGGGUUUAGAGCUGCACCAGCGAACACACACAGGUGUGAAACCUUACUACUGCUUCAGCUGUAGUAAAAGUUUUGCUAGAUUAGACGGACUGACAGUGCACCAGCGAACACACACGGGUGAGAAGCCUUUUAGCUGUGAUCAGUGUGGGAAGAGAUUUGCUCAGUCAGCACACUUGACUGUACACCAGAGAACACACACUGGAGAGAAACCAUACCACUGCUCAGACUGUGGAAUAAGCUUUAUUAAUUCAAGUCACCUUAAGGUACAUCAGAGAGUACACACAGGAGAGAAGCCUUAUAACUGUGAUGUAUGUGGCAAAAGUUUUGUUACAUCAGGAAGUCUGGCUUCACACCUUCGAACCCACACAGGAGAGAAGCCUUACCAUUGUACCGACUGUGGGACAAGCUUUGGCAAGUCAGGCCAUUUAAAAGUGCACCAGAGAACACACACAGGAGAGAAGCCUUACCAUUGUGCCGACUGUGGGAAAAGCUUUGCUGAGUCAGGCGGUUUAAAGUCACACCGGAGAACACACACAGGAGAGAAGCCUUACCACUGCUCUGACUGCGGAAUGGGCUUAACCACUUCAGGUGGACUUAAAAUACACCGGAGAACACACACAGGAGAAAAACCAUUCCACUGCUCUGACUGUGGGAAAAGAUUUAAUCAGUCUGGGCAGUUGGUUUUACACCAGCGAAUACACACUGGCGAAAAGCCUUACCACUGCUCAGACUGUGGGCUGAGUUGUACUUCUUUAGGGGAUUUUAAAGUGCACCUGCGAACACACACUGGAGAGAAGCCUUUUGGCUGUGAUCAGUGUGGGAAGAGGUUCGCUCAGUCAGGAAGCCUGGCUGGACACAAGAGAACACACACUGGAGAGAAGCCUUUUGGCUGUGAUCAGUGUGGGAAGAGGUUCAGUCAGUCAGGAACCCUGGCUGGACACAAGAGGAAACACCACACUGGUGGGUAACCUUUCCAUUUAUUUUUUUUUUAUAGCUGAAACCAGUUAAUGGUAGACUAUCGGAGAGAAGCCGUGCAGGGUGAGCUUUCUUAAUGUGGCCGUGCUUGGUGUAACAAGGGAACUUUAAAUAACUGUCCAUUUAAUUACAAUAUUUUUUAUUAUUUAACUAGGCAAGUCAGUUAAGAACAAAUUCUUAUUUUCAAUGACGGCCUAGGAACAGUGGGUUAACUGUCUGUUCAGGGGCAGAACGACAGAUUUGUACCUUGUCAGCUCGGGGGUUUGAACUUGCAACCUUCCGGCUACUAGUCCAACACUCUAACCACCCUGCCGCCCCUAUAUGAGUGAAAAAGUCUGUGUUUGAAUGGCCGUAUACCGGUCAUUAAAAUGAUUCAUGACAUGUUAACAGUGGAUUGGUCAGCUCAGAGAAAGCAGGGAGGUAGCUCCUCCCCCUCUCUCUGCAAGUUUCAGGCAAGUCUGUCCUUAGGGAUAAGGCAAGGGUCCGUUUUAAAAAUGUUCAACCCUGUCCACCAUCCAACUCACCAUGGUCAUCCCUGUCCACCAUCCAACUCACCAUGGUCAUCCCUGUCCACCAUCCAACUCACUAUGGUCAACCCUGUCUACCAUCCAACUCACUAUGAUCAAUCCUGUCUACCAUCCAACUCACCAUGAUCAACCCUGUCUACCAUCCAACUCACUAUGAUCAACCCUGUCCACCAUCCAACUCACCAUGGUCAACCCUGUCUACCAUCCAACUCACCAUG